CGGCGCGAAGUGGCGUCGGAGCGUCGCUUCUUCUCGUUCAAUAGACGCGUCUGUCCAUCAAAAAUCAAUUCAAAUUAUCCAUUCAACUUGAAGUGACCAGAAAAAUAGACAAUUGAAUAUACAAAAUAAUAAUAAUGGAAUCCCGUUUGCCGAAACCGUCGAGCAUAAAGCGGCCCGCGAUGCAGGUAAAAAGUAUACUGCCCACAGAUCGAAUCAAAGCAGGCGGAGCCGGCGCCUUCAAUACAAACCAAACUUAUUGUGGAAAUUUGCUGCCGCCGCUCUCCCGAGAUAUUAACAAUUUGCCGCAAGUCAUGGAACGUCGCAUGGGGGGUCGCGCUGCCUCACCGGAGCCUACAAAAAUAUUGAACCGCGCCAAAUUGAGACGAAGUCGCUCGGCCUGCGAUAUCAACGAGAUGCGUCUAAAUAACAAACGCCCGGCAGCACAGCCCACAUUGCCGAGCAUUCCGAGCAAAGUUUCGCGCUUUGGCAACGCCACUGCCACAGUGCCAGUCCAGCGUAUGGGACGACUAGCCGGCACUACAACAGCGACAGCCACAGCCUCAACUACGGCUUCCACGGUGACCAAGCGACCAUUAGCUGCUCGUCCUUUACCCAGAGCAGCAACUACAGCAGCAGCCUCUGCCACAGCCACUAGAACAAAGCCCGCAAGCGGCGGCGCAAGUGGUGGCGCAGCGAGUAGUGCAGCUCCAAAGCGUAUAGCGCCGUAUGACUUCAAGGCCCGUUUCCAUGAUCUGCUGGACAAGCACAAGGUGCUCAAGACCAAGUAUGAAAAGCAGGUGGAGGAUAUGGGCGAGUUGGAGUCGCUACCCACACAGCUCGAGGAGACGCAGACGAAGCUAAUUGAAACCGAAUCCUCGCUGAAGAAUGUGCAGACGGACAACGACUGUCUGAACAGGCAGGUGAAGCAGCAGGCCAAGAACAUUGAGACAAUCACUACCUCGCUGGGACGAGCAAAAGAGGAGCUGUCAGAGCUGCAGACAAAUCAUAAGCAAAUAAAGAUGGAACAUGAAAGCCUGACCGCGGAGGUGCUGCAACUGCGGCAGCGCACCGAAGAUCUACUACGCAGCAACGAGCAGCAAGCAAAGGAUCUGGAGACAUGCAAGGAGCAGCUGUUCCAGUCCAACAUGGAGCGCAAGGAGCUGCACAACUUGGUCAUGGAUCUGCGCGGGAAUAUACGAGUCUUUUGUCGAAUACGUCCGCCACUUCCCUCUGAGCUGGACCGCAACCGCUGCACGUAUAUAUACCACGAUGAGGCCACAGUCGAGCUGCAGAGCAUGGAUGGCCAGGCAAAGAACAAAAUGGGACAGCAAAUCUUCUCCUUCGACCAGGUCUUCUACCCCACCUCCACGCAAACGGACAUCUUUGAGAUGGUGUCGCCGCUCAUUCAGUCCGCGCUUGACGGCUACAACAUUUGCAUAUUUGCCUAUGGCCAGACGGGCAGUGGAAAGACCUACACCAUGGACGGUGUGCCGUCCGAAUUGGGAGUGAUUCCACGCACCGUAGACCUGCUCUUCGACUCCAUAAAGGGAUAUCGCAACUUGGGCUGGGAGUACGAGAUUAAGGCCACCUUCUUGGAGAUCUACAACGAGGUGCUGUACGAUCUGCUGAGCAACGAGCAGAAGGACAUGGAAAUACGCAUGGCCAAGAACAACAAGAACGACAUUUAUGUGUCUAACAUAACCGAAGAGACGGUCGCCGAUCCCCACCACCUGCGCCAGCUUAUGCUGAUGGCCAGACAGAAUCGCGCCACAGCCUCCACGGCGGGCAACGAGCGCUCCUCCCGCUCACAUGCCGUGACCAAGCUGCAACUGAUUGGGCGGCAUGCAGAGAAGCAGGAAGUAUCGGUGGGCUCCAUCAAUCUAGUGGACUUGGCCGGCUCUGAGUCGCCAAAGACCAGCAUACGCAUGACCGAAACCAAGAGCAUCAAUCGUUCGCUCUCCGAGCUGACGAACGUCAUUCUGGCACUGCUUCAAAAGCAGGACCACAUUCCCUAUCGCAAUUCGAAGCUCACACACCUGCUAAUGCCCUCGCUGGGCGGCAAUUCCAAGACGCUGAUGUUCAUCAAUGUUUCGCCCUUCCAGGACUGCUUCCAAGAGUCGGUGAAGUCCUUGCGCUUUGCUGCCUCGGUGCACUCCUGCAAAAUACCCAAGGCAAAGCGCAAUCGUUACAUGGCCAGCAGCAACACAGUGCCAGCACUCAACAGCAGCAGCUCCCUGGGCUCCAACAGCAACAUGAGCAGUAGCUUUGAUAAAUAGACGGACGGUGUACAUUUUUGGCAACGUUUCUGUUGAUUUCUAAUAGAUUGUAUAUUCUCUUCUACACGCCUACACGCAUCCCUCAAAGAUUAUUUCCCAACACUUUUCUGUUAUCGCUUAAGUUAUGUGUUUACUUUUAGUCGAAAAUAAACUAAUCAAGUGAUGAAA